AUGACCUUCCUUAAACAAAUCGCCGUGGUGCGGCGAAAGGCUGGCAUGACUAAGGAGGAAUUCUUUGAAUAUCACUACCAGAGGCACGGAGGAAUUAGCACUGCACCUACUCCUGCUGAAACUCCUGCGAAAUACUUUCAGACUCAUUUCAUUGAUGCGGCGUAUCAUCCCGAUACCAACAAUAAAGUGCCAAAUGCUCACCCUCCUUGGGCAUUCAACGAUGACAUUACAGAACUCUACUUCGAAUCUCCAGAACACUUGGCGCAAGUCUUCAAGUCCGACUGGGUAGCUCAAAAAGUUGGACCUGACGGAGUAAACUUCUCUGACUUCAGCGCAAUUUUGCCUAUGUUUAUGAAGGAGGAGGAAGUCCCUAUACCCAGUGUGGGUAGUUCAAGGCCAAGCCACUUUGAGGAGAACGCCUUUGUGGCGGCAUAUUUUGUCGCUUUUCAUGGGAAGCAUGCUCCGCGUGAAACUGUUUCGCAGCUUACAGCUAGCCUUGAAAACUAUGCGCCAGGCGAAGUUCGGAAGUUAAUUGUUAACACUCCAGCUGAGACUGGCUUUGAUCUCGGUGCUUACUUUGGUGGCGAGUGCCCCAUCCAAUACCAGUUUGUCUUUACAAUCACCCUGCAAGGGAAACAAUCCAUUAGUGCCAUCCGUCGGGCCCAAAAAGAGUUUGAAGAACACUUCGCCUCCCAAUUGGACCUGCCAAGCACUUGGAUUGGAUUCGGUGAACGUGCCGUUGUACUUGACCAGGCAGAGAUUGUGAAAUUUGACCUUUCCCGACAACCCUUCAAGACAAUGUAG